UUUUGCGCCUAAGAAGUGUAAUGGCCUACAUGGGAUCAUCACUAAAGAAUGCAGUCACUGCUGCUGGUUGUAGUGUACAGCAGGCAAGUGCUGUUUCUUUCAGUGAUUGUUAUCCAUUGUAUUGUGCUUCUGUUAGUGGCAAAGGGAGUUUAAAAAAUGAUUCAACAAAUUUUGAUAUUUCACAACCUAAAUUGUGUACAACAAAAGAUGAUUUUUACUCUGACUUUGCCUCUAGUUAUGUUUUGCAGCAAAAGAACAUUUCUAUGACCAGAAAAAGCACUUCUUGUAGUUCAGGCCUAAGUUUCUUUCACUUUAAUAAAUUUUGUUUACUAAAAGAUCAUGUAGAAAGCAGUGAAAUUAAUUGUCAAGUGAGGAAAAAUAAGUCUAUGUGUCCUAUUCUGACUGGAGGGGGGUCCGAAAUUGACUGUAAUGCACCAUCGCUUUAUCCUAGAAAAUGUGAUAUUUGUAAAAAAAACUAUAAAACUAAAAAUUCUUUUAAUAAUCAUAAAAAAAAUUGCAAAGAAAAACUUGAAACUGAAAAUUUUAAACUUUCAAUAACUUCUCCUCAGAGUAAUAUUCUUAUAAACAUUGAUAAUGUAUUGAGUGCUAAAAAAUUAGAAACCAAAGAAUGUAUUAGUGAUAAAAUAGAAAUGGCUUAUCUUCGUAAAUGUGAAAUAUGCUUGAAAACUUAUAAAUCGAAGAAUUCAUUUUAUAACCACAAAAAAAAAAAAAAAAAAAAAAAAUGUUCAAAUAAACAAGUACCUGAUUUAAAACAAAAUUUUUCAUCUGUUUACCCUCGGAAAUGUCUAAAUUGUAAUAAAUGUUAUCCUUGCAAAUUAUCAUUUUUUAAACAUAAGAAAUUUUGCACAGAAGUUAAUAAAUUGUAUGUAUGCUUCAUACCUGAUUGCCAUAAGUCUUUUACAUAUGUUUUAAAUUUUAAUAAGCAUUUAGCAGAUGAACAUAAUUUAAAUAACUUAAAAGAAUAUUCAUUUGAAACAAUGAGUUAUUUUCAAGAUUGGCUAGAACUGGAAGGAACCUCGACAUUUACUUCAUUCAGAAAGUUUUCUAAAGUAACGAAAAAUUCUAAAACUUAUCAUUAUUAUUGUUGUCAGUUUACCACGCAAGGUUAUUCUGAUUUUGAAAAAAAAAAAACUAGUCGGAAAAAUGAAAAAGGUACAGUUUCAAAAAGUGUAUGUUGUCCAGUCAGAAUAUGGGCUUGUGAAGAAAUGAAUAAAAUCUCUGUUUUUUACUUUCCUAAACAUAAUCAUGAGCAAAAGUUUGAAAAUUGUAAAUAUCAGCCAUUGAAACAAAGUACGCGGUGUUUGAUAAAAGCAAAUUUACGUUUGUCUGUGCCUCCACAAAAAAUAAGGGAUAUCUUACAAGAUGGAUCAGGAAAUCGCGAGAAUAGAAAUAAUUUCCCUGUAAAGGAAAGCUUUGUCUCCCGUAAAACUAUUUCUGCUUAUUCUAGAUAUUUAAACAAUUCAUUGCGUCCAAGUAGUGAUGCAGUUUCUGUUAAUUCAAUCAUUGAAACUUUAAAAUGUGAAGCAUACAAUCCUGUGUUAUUAUAUAAGCCUCAGAAUAAUUCAACUUUGUACGGUCCAACUGAUCUAGAUAAUCUUCCAAAUCAUAAAGUAUCGUUUGCUCUUGGUCUUCAGACGCGUGAACAGAAAGAAAUGAUGAUAAAAGGUUGUACAGAGAUUUUAUGUAUCGAUUCUACACAUAAGACUAACCAGUAUGAUUUUUACCUUCUUAAUCUUAUAGUACCUGAUGAAUUUGGUUGUGGCUAUCCAGUUGCUCAUUUUAUUACUAAUUUUCUAGAUGCUGACACUCUUUAUUGUUUAUUUAAUAGUUUAAAGUGUCGUGUACCAAAUUUAUAUGUAAACUGUGUAAUGACAGAUGAUGACAAAGUUACAUAUCCUGCAUUUUCAAAGGUUUUUGGUCAAGAUGUUAAGCAUCUUUUAUGUUCGUGGCACGUACGCCAAAGUUGGUUCCGGCAACUAAAUUCUAAAGUGGUAGAUAAGGAAGUGCGACAAAAAAUGCUAGGAGAAUUAACAAAAAUAUUACAUGAAAGAAACCAGAUCACUUUUCAUGAUCAAAUAAUCUUCUUUAUUUUUCAGUAAACGAUUGGCAGGAAUCUGGUAUGUAUUUAAAAGUCAAGAGCAAGCUCUGCCAGGAGAAUUUUCUGAAACUGAAACUCAUAAAUUUUUGAGUAAUAUGGUUGAAUAAUAAUAUUUAUACUCUAUUCAAGGAAUUUUAUCUGAUAUGUCUUUAUUUUCAGAAAUAAAAGAUGAAUAAAAACUUUGUAAAAUAAUUAUUAUGUAUUCUGAAUAAAGUCUGGGAAAAAAAUUA